GACUUCCAAAAGCUGUGCUGUAAGUGGAUUUCGCCUGAAUUUGUUUGUAGACGGAGAAAUCAAGAAAGGUUCGCUGAAGGUCACCGGCUCGAGCGUCUCAACAUCACAUGACGAUCGAUCACAAGAAUGGUUUUACUGCAAAAUGAUGUUUUGGCGAGAUGAAAAACUACCAUUCUAACACUGAAGUUGCAAAUUGGGGCUGCCUAAGUUCCAGUGAUUUUCUUGUUCUCCAUGCUCCAAGCACUGUGCAGUUCCUGCAGGACCCAGGUAAACUUCAGCUCAGUGAGGUACCAGAUGUCAUAUCUCUUACCUAUGGAUUCACAGUAAACAGGGAUCUCAACUUCCAAGGCCUUGCUGCGGGCAGCCUGUUCAAACGGCCCAAAGCCAAUGUACUGAUAGCAGUGGACGGUUUCACAGAGAACUCCCCCUCACUAGAGACCAAACAUGGAGCCAAAGUACCACUAGACUUAGAUCUUCCUAUCUACAGCACAGAGCGUGUAGUCAGCAAUUUACAGAGCAGCUUCUCGCCAGAGAGGAGACCCUUCAUUGUGGACCUCUCUGCGGAUAAAUCGAUAUUCGAUCUUCGCUCUCUUUCUGGGGAAAUAUUCCGAGAUCUUCCAGUAACUGCAGACAAGAUAGGACAACUACUGACGGGUAAAACCUCUCUCCUUAACCGCUACGAAGUGGGGAGCCUUAACAGUAGCCGCGACGCUGACCGCACUCUCCUCUCUGAGCUGCAAUUAAUAGAAGAAAUAAUGAGCAAGGUUUCCAAGAAUGCUGCCCAGAUCCAGGACAACGUUCCCGACUUCUACAGUUUUGCCGUGUCCGGGUACCGGGCCGUUGUUGACCAGUAUGGUGACCAGUCCGAGCAGGCCAGAGACGCGGCCCACUUGAUAUCUAAGUAUUUGGAACAGUUGACAGAUCGUUUCAAGGCGCUGUACAGAGACAGCGUGGUGGUAGAGGUGGUCACGCUGCCAAGUCUGCGCCAGGCUCUGGCUAGGAAGACUAGAUCUCUGUUAGCAACUCAGGUCGGGGAAACAGAGGAGGAGAAGUACAACCUGGCCAGCGUGUACGACGAGAACUUCCCGGUCAUCUUUAACAUCUGGGUGUGGUUCAUGAUCUUCUUCUUCCUGGGCAUUUACGGCAUCGUGUACACGAUGAUCUACAUGGACCCCGGCAAGGACAGUAUCAUCUACAGGAUGACCGCUACCAGGAUCAAGAAAGAAUAAUCGGGGAGACCUAGCCGCGUUUAGACCUAUCGGUGUGGAUCUGGGGCAUAGUGAAUCUAAAGUAACAGGCUGGUGGUUUUGGUUGAGAGAUGUAAUAACAGUCUUCUCUGAUGUGUCUAAACGUGACAAGGGACGGGGGAGUCAGGCGUUAUUGCAAAGAAAUCAGUAUUUUUUGGAAUGAUAAUUGUAAUUGUUUCUUGUUGUCGUGGUGACAGCAUGAAUUUGUUUCACUAAAGAGGAGACGGAAACGUUUGUAAAGGGAUGUAAAAUAUGUGGAGAUUUAUUUAUUGAAAGAACAUGACCCAAUUGCACGUUAAGACGUUACAUUACUGCAGCAAACACGUCACGAUGGGAUUACGUCAUAACAUAUAUCUUGGUAUCACGUGGUCAGAGCGUGACGUGUUUACUAGUCCAGAACAGAUUUGGCAGCAUCUUGAGGCUAUGGUUCUAGAUUCCAGAUGUCGUACUUUGCUAGCGUCAGUACAUGUGUGUGUACCGACAAGCGGAUCUGCCUAACGAAGCAUUCAUUAGCCAACGAAUUCUCGUCUCAAGGUCCAUAAACAAUUAUCUCUCUUUAAAAAUUUUGGGUAAACUUUACGGGCGACUUGGCAAAGACAAAUCACUAGUAGCGCAUGAGUGUUUUGUAUAUUGAUCCCAAUCCAAGUUUCCCAAAACAUUUCGAAACUUCCUAUUACAUAUGAUUUUUUCAAUGUCGUCUACUUACUGCAAAUAUCAGGUGAUAAAAGUAAGCAAAUGAUAUAAGUGUGCGUGUCUCACUUUAAAAUAUGUAUAAGUUGAUGAUGAUUGUAGAAAAGUGUGCACAUUUUUGAUGAUAGUAACUGGCCCAGCAACGAUUUCGGUUUUCUUUGUAAUUUUUGUCUGCCAGUUUGGAAAUAGCAGUCGACUAUAUGAUAUGUACUUUAAUCUCUGCCCAGGUAAGAAAUCAUUACAUAAGAGCACUAGUCUAUUUCUAGUUUCACCUAUGUCUAGUUUCGCACAAAAAAUGAGUCGAAAAAAAUUUUUUCUGCUUCGUUAUGGAGUAAAGAGAGUGUUUUUGGUCAAUCAAAGGGCAUCAAGGAAUAUCUUUGCAAUCCAACUACAUAUUAGCAAAUACUUCAGUUUUUCUAUGGUUUAAAAGUGAAUUAUGAUUAUUUGUUGCAUUAAAUGUUAAGUCAAUCAUGUUAAUCAAAUAAGCACAGUGGUUGCACAAUGCAGUAGCACUCGCAUGUAGGGGCAAGGUGCACUGGUAUCAAAACAAUUGGCGUUGAUCAUAAUUAUAAUGGCAGCGGGAGGGGUUUUCAUUGCCCGGGUUUCGUAGUUUUAAGGUUCUAAUAUCGUUGCGUAUAUCUACAGUUGUUACCCCGAGUUUUGUCGUUCUGACGCGACAUGGCUUUGGGAAAUUAAGUCAACAUCAAAUUCGGAUGACCGCUGUGGCAUGUGCAUUUAGUCGAUAACAGUGUGUUUGGGCCUGUGUGAAAGGAAUACGAAUCCUUCGCUCUGAAACCCUGGCUAUAUAUUGUACACUACUUAUGAGUUAACACAAAGCAAAUACUGAAAAGCAAUAACUGUGAUACAAAGGUUGACGUACGUAUCUAAUAGCAUGGUUAUCAUUAUUAUUAUUAUUACCAUAUAUAAUUAUUGCCUGGGCACAGUUUUGUCAGCAGCUUUAAUGAAAUAUUACAUUUUGGUCGAGGUUUUGGGAUUGCAAUAAGGUUUAAGUAAUGACAUGAUUUGGGAUCCACAACUUGUUCAUAAAGGGUCACUGUAUCACUUUCAAUUGUCAAUCGUGGUAAUGGAGGACCCUUUCAAAUAUUACUUAGUUUGUAAUGAGGUAGUAUUUCAAAUUUAUCCUAGCUGUUAUUCAUGAAAUAUCAAAAGGUGUGAAUUUUUUGUAAAUAAUGUAUUCUAAAUGUGCAAUACCGCUUAUGUCUUGUACUUUACUGCGUUGCUAGAGCGCUUAGAAAGUGAUGCUAGGAAUGACGAAAAUUGCAAGUUAGACGCUAGAUGGCAGUGUGUGUGACUGAAGUAUAGACACUAGGUGGCACUAGAAGACAGGUCACGUGUGACUUACCAAUGUUUAUUUCAGUUUCAGUGUAUUGAUGUACAUUUCAGGUUAAGGUUCGUUGAGACAUUCCAUUGAGGAUCCCAUGUAAAAUAUUCAGUGUACAGUUAAAGAAGGUGUUCAGCAUGUGUAAACUUUCGCACAUCGGGUAGUGUGUGUUGUUGAUCACCAUGUACUUACCUUGUAUACAAGCCAAUAAAGAAUUUAAACCGA